AUGGCUCCCUCCACAGCGACGCCCAAGCGUCUGAUUGUUCUCUGCGAUGGCACCUGGCAGAACUCCCUCAGUGGUGAGGCAUUCAGCUAUCCCACCAAUGUGACGCGCUUUUCUCGAGCACUGAGCCAGUUCGGAGACAGAGAUGGGCAGAAGGUCCCUCAGAUUAUUUACUAUCAGCCUGGCGUGGGGACUGGAAAUCUGACUGAUAAGUUGACGGGAGUAGGAGUCUAUGGUGCUGGAGUGUCUGCCGAUGUGCGGGCCGCGUACGGCUUCCUCGCGCAUAACUUUAAUCCCGGCGACCAGAUUUAUUUCUUCGGAUACUCGCGCGGCGCAUACACAGCGCGAGCCGUCGCAGGGCUGGUCACCACCCUUGGCCUGCUGACCAAGAAGGGCAUGGACCGCUUCGGAGCCGUGUAUCAGGAAUACUACCGCAAGGAGAACAAAGGCAGCAAGCCCGACAUCCAGAAACUAGAGCAACUGGCCGGUGGCGAACUGCAUGAGGGGGCCAAGGACAGCGUUGAAAUCAUCGGCGUCUGGGACACGGUCGGCUUCCACGGCGCAGGGUUCGGGGGCGAGGAGUUUGAGUUCUACAACACCACCCUCUCCCCCCGGGUCAAGCAUGGAUUGCACGCUCUCUCGCUCGACGAGACUCGUGAAGCAUUCCUUCCAACGCUAUGGGAUUCCCGGAUCGACAGUUCUGACUCCGCAGCCGGUGGUGGGAAUGUCAAACAGGUGUGGUUCUGCGGUACCCACGCCAUCGGCGGCGGAGACAAAGAUUCUACUCUGGCAGACAUCGCCCUAGGUUGGAUGGUCGCCGAGUGUCAUAAGACCGAGACUCUGUCUUUUGUCGACAUCGAUGGGAGUGCAGCGUCGUCAUAUCUGCUCUCUGGGCCGGCGGCAGUGGGAGGCCCCGGCUCAAAGCCCCAUCAACCUCUGACACCUUGGCCAACCGUCGAGUAUCCCGAACCCGCCGCGGCGAGCAGCACUGCUUGGGGAGUCUCCAACCUCGUCCACAGUGUCCCAGGAACCUUCUGGACAGUGGCCAAUUGGAUCUUGCCAGCUAAGUCCGGAGUGCGAACUCCCAACUCGCAAGGUUUUGUUCCGGCCCAGACCAAUGAGCGCAUCCAUCAAUCUAUUCGGGACCGGCGUCUCGGUGAAUGGCCGUGUCGUCCGAUCGCGGAGCGCAUCGGCGAGUCCACGCGCUGGAAGCUGGCUCCUCCUGCUCCUGAAGGAGCCGUGCUUGAAGAGACUGACCCGGACGCUGUCGAAUUGAGGUUCAAGGGCAAAAUUAGGCCAGUGGCAUGA